AGCCAGACCACGGCGCACAUAUCGACACGCGACUGUUGGAGAUAUUUCUAAGGAUAGCAGUCAAAUAAACAGACCGACAGACCUAUAGACCAAACGACAGACAUAUAGACUAAGGGAAAUAGACAGACAUAGUUUUCCUGAUGUACAGGUCAAACAACAUCUAAAAAACCGCUCAUAUUCGAAAUUCCUUGCCAGUUUGCGUGAGAAGUAAAACUGGAAACAAGCGAAAAUUCUGCCGAAGGAUCACAAGUUGGGAUGGCAAGAUGACUCUAUUAUAUUAUUUUACGUUAUUUUGGAACACAUUUUAAUAUCAGUGCUUAGUAUUACUCUAUUUGUUAUUAGAAGUAAACUUAAAAUACGAGUUGGAUUCAUAACCUCUAAAGAGAAAAGCUGUACGGGAAAGAUUCAUCGUACUUAGUUUAAACAAUGAAACUGUUUUUUAAAUACAUUAUUCUAAAACUGGGAUGGGAUUUUACUAAUACCACUGAUCUAAUUCCUGUUACCAGGCCAGCUGUGCGUAUUUUAUUUAUAAAACACAGCCGAAUAGUAGUUUGAAGCGUUGUCGCUGAACUAUACUUAAUCACUUUAGCGGAAUAAUGAUAAUAAUAUCAGUCAUUGAGUCGAAUUGAACGGUGGUACCUAAUACGCUUUCGCGGUACAACCUCACGACUCCAUCGCAGUUUGUGGAACAGUUUACUCGCGACCGUGCGCGUACUCUGAUCGUGGCACCAUGGUGAAAUCAAGGGUGAAGGACUUGGACAAGCUGCUGGCCAAGUUCAUGGGCGAGAAGGUGGAGAUCGUGGACCAGAAUACCAGGCUUCUGACCGCGCCUGGUGAACACUAUGGAUCUGUGAUGCUCGCGCUGGACUUAAAGGUUAGACAUUCCAAUGGAGAUGAGGAGAGACUGGAUUUGGUUGCCAAACUAUUACCAGCCAAUGAGAUGCUGCGGUUAGCUUUUGACAUUUACGUGACGUUCAAAAAGGAGGUUUUUGCUUAUACGGAGGCGAUUCCAACACUGGUGCUUUUGCAGAAAGAGUAUGGAGUUCAAAAAGCGAAAUAUAUUGACCAACUAUUUCCAAAAUGUUACGGUGCAAGAAUCAGUACAGACGAAAAUAGCAAUGCAGUUGAUGACGAUGGUGUUCUUAUUUUUGAGAACCUCAAAUCCGAAGGGUAUAUCACAGAAGACAGACUCACUGGAUUUGACAAAGAAGCUGCCGAACUGAUAGUCAGUGACCUUGCCAGGUUCCAUGCCACCACAAUCGCUCUGAAGCUAAUAAAACCAGGAGUGUUCAAAGAAAAAAUACUUCCAUGUACAGUAAAGAACAAGGGUCUGGAACAGCUUCCUGAAGAAGUAGGAAAAUCAUUCCACGACAGCAUAAUGGAGGGUGCAAUGGAGCAAUCAGAACUCGAACCAUACUUACCAAGGUUAGAAUCCUUUAAAUAUGUGUUUGCGUGUUAUCCAGAUGUCAAAACAUGACAACAAGAAUUUCAGCAGUCAUUUUGGACUAUUAGACCAGAAUUUGUAUGACACGUCUGUUUGAGUCAUUUCAUUCAAGCUAGUUGGGACUGAUAUUAAUCAUCAACUCUGUUGGUUCAGUUAAUGUUUUUGCUCAACUAAAUGACAUAUUCUCUUUUUGAUGCAAUUUAAAGAAGUAUUCCGGUUCAAGUAACAUACAGAAUAAUAAGUAAGAUCUAAAUAAAUACCGUAAUUUCUUGUCUACUUUGCAGUAGCUAACUGCCUCCCUUUUCCUAUAAAUUCUAAAAAUUGUAACUCAGCAUCAGUAGUUCGCAUUUUUGUUGUAUUUUUUUUACAAAAGCAACAUGAGACCAGACCAGUAGACUAACAAAUACCUUGCAGCCUGCGUGACUUUUUUAGAUGUACUUGAGUGUUCAAAUCUACAAAAGUCUUUUUUUAAGAUGGUUUUGCUCAUCAGGUGUUACAGUAUUAUUAAUUUAUAGAGAAAAUUUAACCAACUGAAAAGCGGUACUUGUACAAUCAGUUUCCUUUCUUAUUUAAUCUUCUAUCUGAUACCGACUUCAUUUCACUAUGUUUGUAGUAUAUUAUUGAUUAAUAUACUCUACCUGAAGAGAGUAAGCCCAAUACUAUAUUUCGACAUUCAGAAAAUUAUCUGAGAUGAGACGGGUACCAUCUUCUUUGCGAAUUAGUUACAAAUAUGUUUCUUAUCUCUGCAAUAAUUAGAAAUCUACUUUAAUGUCUCGUAUUUAGCGCAAGUAUUACGACUCCAAUGACAAAACUUGGAAUUAUUCAGUUUUUAUCUAAAAAGAACCUAAAAAUGUUAUACUAUUUUGGAAAGAGCAUUCAGUAGCUAAUUUUUAAGGUCAUUUGCUGAUUUUUUGUCACAGUAAUUAGUAAAACCUUAGUAAAGAUUUUCGCAUUGAAACCAAAUGUAAUAAUUUGUUUUUUGAGCAUGCCAUGCUAGUUUUUAAUGAAAAAAAUACUCGGUUGUCCCAAUCAACUAUCAAUGGUACCCCAGGAAAAAAAUCAUGAGUUAGAAGUUCUUUAUAGCCAUAACAGGCAAAAAAGGACCAAAAAGUAGGGAUUUUCUGAAAAAACUCAAAAGUGGCAAUGUGUCGAAAACUAGAAAACCUUUACUAAAGCCAUGUUUAUUUCAUCUGAUUGAUCCAAUCCACCUCCUGUGUCACUAUGACGUGGUAUUUCUGGAACACCCUGUAUAAGUCCCUGUGGUUGCCUCUCUGAUCUAUCUAUCUUACACUGGGCAAUAAAUUAAACCACAAGAUGUUGGAUAUAAAUAAAAAUCAAAAUCAUGCCAAAUAAGUGUAUGAAAUUGAAAAUGUCUACCUUCAUUUAAAAGCGUUUUUGCUUCCCAUGCCAGUGGCGAGGAAGUAUUGUCAUCGCGAAAAACUUCAAAAAUGAGAUAAUGUAUUUUAGAUCGCUCGAAUUUUGAUGAAAUUUCCACACAAGGUUACUAAUAUGCCACAGCUUUGUAAUUUUUAAAACUCAGGAAUGUAGGCAAAAAAUAAAAAAAAUGUAUCGCUUUAACUUAGUUUUUGACGUUUCUGAGGCUCCUAAUCAUCUAUAGAAAAAAAUUGUAGGAGUUAAAAACCGGGGGCUGGGGAAGGGUUGCAUCUUUGGUAUCAAUGAAAAGCGAAGAAAAUCCAACGAUUAAUUUGCUCGACGAAAUAUCUUUCGACAUGAAAUCCAUGGCGACAGAAAAAGCCGGUACCUGCGUUAUGCGCUUUGACGCCAAGAGCAAACCGAUCUGCAGACUGCCCCCAAACGGUUUCAGACGUUCCAAAGUAGAAAACAUCUGUCUCUUUUUCACUCAUCAUAUCACUCCCCCUACCACCACCCCCACCCCCCAUAAAUUCAAUUUUCACCAGGCUCAUAGAUGAGUCUAAAUGUUUCUCUGUCACGGGGCCCCUCCAGUCAUAUUUUCGGCGCUUCAGAGGCUCAGUACAAAGUUUUUACUUCAGGCCCCGGAAACCUAAGAUCUGUCACUGAUCGCUACCGUCCUUAUUUUGGAAAAGAUGAGGUAUUCCACGGAUCAUUAAUGAAUGUCUUGAAUUUCUUUUGAAUAAUGUAGCAAUGUUGGAUAGGUUUGUUUUCUUUCAUACCACCACUAUAAUGAGAUAUAAAGAAUCACACUGAAUAUGUUAAUUAAUCGUUUUUAAUACUAUUUAUCAGGUUGCAGAAAAUCGUUGACUACUUCGCCGUCCAUUCCUUCGUCAACCGCCCGCCCCCCAAUGAAAAAUGGGGCACCAUGACUCACGCCGACUACUGGACCAGCAACACCAUGAUCCUGAAGAACGAAAAAGGGAAAGUGAUAAAAAACAAAAUAGUCGACCUGCAGCUAUGCAGCUACACCUCGGUCGUCAGAGAUCUCAUCUUCUUCCUCUUUACCAGCGUAAUCAACAGCACUCUGGACAAGCACUAUGAAGACUUCCUCAGAGCGUACCACAACAGUUUCACAGACACCCUCAAAGACUUUGAUCUGGACUUGGGUCCAUACACUUGGGAAGAGUUUGUUAAGGAGGUGAAUGAUGUUGGGCCCAAUGAGACAUAUCAUGUCUUGGUGAUGCUAAAGCCAAUCUGUACUGAGAGAGAGAAAGUCAAAAACAGCGCGGAAGAUUUCCAAGACAGUGAUUGGAGUAGAAAGGAUCUAUUGGGACCACAGCAUAGACGGAAAUUGAGGGAUACAGUUUUAGCAUUUGUUGAAAGAGGCUGGAUAUAGCUCAAGAAACGAAUUGAAAGUGGGUAGAUAUAUUUUUAACACAAAAAAGAAUUGUUUGAAGUUUACUGAUACCAUGAAUUCCUCUAGCUAAUGCCCAAAGAGAUGAACAUGAAAUUAUUUAUAAAUGUAGGGGAAAUAUUGAUCUAUGAAGACGAAUUAUAAAGAUCUAAAUAUAAAUGAACACUGUGUAAUGGCUAUAAAUUAUACUUUACACAGUGCCCACCUGGAAGUACAAUCAAAAACAGAAAACAAAAAAACUACUGCUGUUUAUUAAUAUCAGAAAAUGUACUUUGUGUUCACAUUUGAUAAAAACAUUUAUGUCUUUAGAUUUCUUUAUUAAUUGUAGAGAAAUGUGAUUUAGUUUUAGGUUGUAGAAUAUAAUAAAUUGGUACAUAGAAGGUUUAUAGUAAAGCUAUUGUUGUUUGUAUUUAAUAAUUCCUCUAGCUAUAAUGUCCAACGAAAUUAGUAUGCUGCCCGAAAAGUACAUCUAUUAGCUGUACCAGUCGGGUCAUUUGUGUUGUCCUUUCUGAAGAGAGGUUAUGUUCAAAGUUAUAAAUUACAGUUUUUCACACUUAACAUUUUCGCAGUACCCCACAUCUAGGCGCUGAUUUGUAUUUUCUUUUGACAUCGC